AUGACAGUGUCCUGUCUCCAUCAGGAAUGGAAAGAUAUUGAGCUGAAAUGGGACACGUCAGUUUAUCAAUAUGAUACGGUGGUCCUGCCAGUAAAUUCAAUCUGGACCCCAGAACUCCAUGUGACAAAUGGAAUCCUAACAACUAUGAAGCACAGUUCCCAUGAUCUGCUGGUAUACAGUAAUGGCACCGUGAAGCACAUGGUCAUCAUCAAUGCAGAGGUGAACUGUGAAGUCAAUCUGUUCAACUAUCCCUUUGCAGCUGAUGAGUGCCCCGUCGCCAUCCAGGCCUGGUCCAUUGACGAAUGUGGUACAGAGCUGUUAUUGGGUGACGUGUGGAUGGUGGAUAGUACCCAUGGAGACUGGGAAACGGUUAAUGUGGAACUCCUGAAAAAAAGAACUGAUCGCAAUUACAUCUUGGUGUCAUUGAAGAUCAAAUACCUGAACCCCUUCCUAACUUUAAUGCUGCCCAGUAUCUUACUCAUCUUGACCGACGUAGUCAGCUUCGCCCUGCCACUGGGAGGCGGUGAACGCAACUCUUUCAAGGUCACUCUGGUGCUCAGCUUCACCAUGUUCCUCAUAAUUCUCAACGAUAAGCUCCCUGGAGACAGCAACUGCAGCCCCAUCAUCCGACCCCACUUCUGUAUUUGUCUGGCCCUCUUGGUGUUGAGCAUGUUGGUGUCCCUGGUGCUUACACGGGUGGCCAAAGAUGGAGGCCUCAUUUUCUGCUGCAUGUCCAAAGGAUCAACCUGUGGAAGCAGAGGGAACAAGGAAGAGAAAGAGGAUGAAGAAGACAAAGCUGACAUUGCAGUCACUCAGCUUGAUGCCUCAGACAGUCAAAUCCUCAGAAAGGUGGUCUACUUCCUGGAAACCCUGGAUGCCAAGGAACUGAAGAUAGCGAAAAGUCAGGAGUUUGCCAACAGAGUGGACAAGAUCUUUUUCUGCUGCUGA